GCGAGGCGCCUGCUGGGACGCGUAGUCCGAGGAGCGUCAUGGCGGCCCCGGUGCUGCCGUUGCUGCUGCUGCUGCUGAAGCUGCUGCUGGCGGGGACGGAGGCGGGCGGCGGGCUCUACUCGCGGGAGGCCAACGAGGCCGCCGCCUCCUCCCCCUCCGCCGAGUUCCGCCUGGUGCGCCUGAACCAGCUGUGGGAGAAGGCGCAGCGCGUGGGGCUGCCGGCGGUGCGCCUGGCCGAGCUGCACAGCGACCUGCGGCUGCAGGAGAAAGACGAGCUGAGCUGGAAGAAGUUGAAGGCGGCCGGGAUGGACGAGGACGGGGAGCGGGAGGCCCGACUGAGGCGCCGCCUGGAGGUAAUUAUGACUAAAUACGGCUUGAGUGGGAAGAAGGAGGGGCAGCAGUGGGAGACCAACCACAUCAAGGAAGGCUUCGCGCAGGAUGGCCUUGGUGACCCCCGGCUGGAGAAACUCUGGAACAAGGCCAGAAGCUCCGGGAAGUUCUCGGAUGAGGAACUGGAGAAGCUGUGGAGGGAAUUCCAGCACCACAAAGAGAAAGUCCACGAAUACAACAUCCUGCUGGAGACCAUGAGUCGGACAGAAGAUGUCCACAAAAACACAAUCGACCAGCCGCUGGAGGAAGAGAGCGCGGCCUGGAAGGAGCUGCUGCAUCGCAAACACUCGGAGCUCAAGGAGCAGCUGCACAGCAUCAACCAGGGGUUCGAGCGCCUGCGCAAAGUCAGCCACCAGGGCUACGAUUCUGCCAGCGAAUUCGAGGAGCCCCGUGUGAUGGACUUGUGGGAUUUGGCUCAGUCAACUAACUUCACAGAGAAAGAGCUCGAAUCACUUCGGGAAGAACUGAAACAUUUUGAAGCCAAAGUGGAAAAGCACCACCAUUAUCAGAAGCAGCUGGAGAUCUCCCACCAGAAACUGAAGCACGUGGAGGGGACGGGGGACAAGGAGCAUCUCAUCCGAAACAAGGAGAAAUACACGAUGCUGGAGGAGAAGACGAAAGAGCUGGGCUACAAGGUCAAGAAACACUUGCAAGAUUUGUCCGGCAGAAUUUCAAGAGGCCUCCAGCACAACGAACUCUGAAGCUUCCUUUGCAUCAUUGCUCAUCAUUCAGUCCUGAAACGUAGAUGUUCCCUGGGCUUCUGCCGCAGCUCUUCACUGACAAUUUGGGGGGGGGGGGUUGUUUCCUGAUAAAAGUCUUUAAGUCCCGAUUCCACCCAGGUGGGGAUUCUUCAUAGCAGCCCUGGAUGUUUGUUAGAAGCCCAGGUGGCGCAGUGGUUAAAUGCAGCACUGCAGGCUACUUCAGCUGACUGCAGUUCUGCAGUUCAAAUCUCA